AUGUCCUUUGAGAAUCCCGAAGAUGAUCUGGGCGGCAAAAAAAAUGAUGUGGCCGCGAUAUCUUUGGUCAGUGGACAGGCUGAAUCUGAUACUCCUUUGUAUCAACCACUUGAUGAUCGCUACAUCCGUCUAUUGAAGCUAUUACCAGGCAGUGGCCCCGAUCCUAUCCGGAUCCAACUACUAUCCAUCUCGCUGGAAGAUCCAGGUCCUUAUACGGCACUAUCGUACGUAUGGGGAGACGCCGAAAUCGACAGACGGACAAUAUACUCAGGCGACACGGAGCAGCUGAGUGUGACAGCCAAUCUCUUCCAUGCUCUCUGUCGCUUUCGCGAUAUUUGGUCGCAUCGACUCAAGUUUCGGCGGAUACUGGGACCUAUGAUCGCCGAUAUGAAAGACAAAAACAAGCAAGGUGAACUUCCUCAGAGAUUAUUGGAUCACAUACCUACGGAAACCAUCGAGGAACUGUUAAAGCAAGAGAACGAUCCUGUAUGGAGCUCCACUGAGGCUGGGGCGCCUAAACAGUUCAUUAUCACAGAGCACGGGUUCUUCGGGACUGGGCUCCCUGGCGUCGAGGUUGGCGAUGUCGUCGCUAUUCUUGCUGGCUCUGGAAAUCCUUGGUAUUUGCGAAAGCAAGGCGACCAUUACAUAAUUAUUGGGAAAGGUUGGAUACACGGUCUUAUGUAUAGAGAUGACGAGUACCAUAGGCGAGGUUGGAGAGAUAAGGUCGAGGCGAUUCGACUUAGGUGA